ACACAGCCGGGCACUCCGCCUGUUGUUUGGCACUUUUGGUGAGCUUUUAUUUCUAGUGUUGUGGUGCAUUGCGCAUCACUUCCUAGGGAGAUUUUUUUUGGGAAAAACCUACUGUUCCAAAAUGGACUGAAACAACAACUCAGCAAAGUGUGGAUAUUUAGGAAAAAGCAUUGUACUUCUUUAAAGAGCAACCUUUUGUGAGGGUUGAAUUACCAGCAUGGAAGAGGAAGACGGGCAUCAUGAGAAUGGGAUCCACGCCGUCAAGGACUCGGACCGACAACAGCGGCUCAGACUGUGUGUUUUAAAUGAAAUGUUGAACACCGAGAGGGAUUAUGUUCGGACAUUGCUUUUCAUUCAGUCGGCAUUCUUGCAGAGAAUCAGACAAACUUCGGAGGACCAACAGUGUCUCUCACCUGAACAAGUCAAGAUUCUGUUUUCAAAUAUUGAGGACAUCCUGGAGUUGCACAAAGAGGUGUUGUCUGCCGUGGAGACCAGUCUGCAGCCCGAACCCCAUCCUCAGCAUGCACUGGGACACGUGUUCCUCCAGUUCAGGGAGAGUUUCUCAGUAUAUGGCGAGUACUGCAGUAACCAUGAGAAGGCUUUGAGACUCCUCAUGGAGCUAAACAAGAUCUCCCACAUCAGGACCUUCCUACUGCACUGUAUGCUGCUUGGUGGGAAGAAAAGCACAGAUAUUCCCUUGGAGGGCUACCUUCUCAAUCCCAUUCAGAGGAUCUGCAAGUACCCUCUGCUGCUCAAGGAACUACUGAAGCGGACCCCUAAGAAGCACACUGACUAUCCAGCAGUGGAGGAGGCUCUGCAAGCUAUGAAGGCUGUCUGCUCCAACAUCAAUGAGACCAAGAGGCAGAUGGAGAAAAUGGAGGCUCUGGAACAGCUGCAGUCACACAUUGAGGGCUGGGAGGGAACCAACCUGACAGAUAUCUGCACAGAGUUGCUACUUCAUGGAAAUCUCCUUAAAAUCUCAGCAGGCAAUAUUCAGGAACGUGUCUUCUUCCUGUUUGACAACCUUUUGGUUUACUGUAAGAGGAAGUCCAGGGUUUCUGGGAAGAAGUCCACCAAGAGGACCAAGUCUAUCAACGGGCCCCUCUAUGUGUUCAGAGGCCGAAUCAACACUGAGGUGAUGGAGGUGGAAAAUGUGGAAGAUGGAACAGCGGACUAUCACAGCAACAACUACACAGUGACAAACGGCUGGAAGAUCCACAACACGGCUAAAAACAAGUGGUUUGUCUGCAUGGCCAAACACGCAGAGGACAAGCAGAAGUGGCUGGAUGCCAUCUUGAGGGAACGAGAGCAGAGAGAGAGUCUCAAACUGGGAAUGGAGCGGGACGCCUACGUGAUGAUUGCAGAGAAAGGGGAGAAGCUCUACCACAUGAUGAUGUCCAAGAGUCGGCACCUUAUUAAGGAUAGACGCAGGAAGCUCAGCAUUGUGCCCAAGUGUUUCAUGGGAAAUGAGUUUGUGUCGUGGCUGAUAGAGAACGGAGAGAUCAGUAAACCUGAUGAAGGGGUCAACUUGGGACAAGCAUUGCUGGAAAAUGGCAUCAUUCAUCAUGUGUCAGACAAGCACCAGUUCAAGAAUGAGCAGGUGUUGUACCGCUUCCGCUACGACGAUGGCACCUACAAGGCCCGCAGUGAGUUAGAGGACAUCAUGUCAAAGGGCGUCAGGCUGUACUGCCGCCUUCACAGCCUGCACACGCCUGUCAUCAAGGACAGAGAUCAUCAUCUGAAAACCUUUAAAUCUGUGGUGCCUGCUUGCAAACUUGUGGACUGGCUACUGUUACAGGGAGACUGCACGAACCGGGAGGACGCUGUGAUGCUGGGUAUUGGGCUCUGCAACAAUGGCUUCAUGCAUCACGUCUUGGAGAAGAGUGAGUUCAAAGAUGAAUCCCAGUUCUUCCGUUUCUAUGCGGACGAGGAGAUAGAAGGAACCAGUACCAAGAGCAAGCAGCUCCAACGCAGCGACUUCAAACUUAUGGAGAAUAUCUUGGCCAAGUCUCUGGUGAUUCACCCUGAGGAGGAAGACUAUGGAUUUGAAAUUGAGGAGAAAAACAAGGCCAUUGUGGUGAAAUCUGUCACCAGAGGCUCACAUGCUGAGAUGGCCGGUCUACAGGUGGGCAGGAAGAUCUACACCAUCAAUGAGGACCUGCUGCUGGUCAGAUCCUUCGCUGAGGUGGAGACCAUGAUCAACCAGGCCUUCUGCAUACGGCGCUCCCUGCGGCUGGUGGUCAACACGAAGGCCAAGGAGAUUGUGAAGAUCCCUGACAACCCAGACAGCCUCUCCUUUAGACUCCUUGGUUCUAACCCUCCUCAUGUCCACGCUGUGAGGAAAGGCCGGGAGGCGGCAGGGGCGGGUCUUCAGCCAGGCCAGGUCAUCCUGAAGGUCAACGGCAACAACGUCAUACAAAGUGCCUACCCAGUGGUCCUGGAGCACUUUACUGCGCAUCACACACACCAGGAGCCUCCCCAAGCGUGUCACUGGGUGUAUCGAGCUUUUGAGGAUGUGGAAAAGCUACAAAAAGAAAGAGGUGCAGGUGAGAAGGAGGAGAUCGCUUUCAGGCCUUAUCACGUGAAGAACGGCUCCGACCACGAGGAGGAGAAUGGCACCAAUGGAACAGACAUCAAACUGGGAAGACUUUCCCUCUCCAAUGAGCUGCCUCUGGUCAGUCUGACGGUAGAUAACGUCCACCUGGAGCAUGGUGUGGUCUACGAAUACGUCAGCACUGCCGGCAUCAAGAGCCACGUCCUGGAGAAGAUGGUGGAGCCCAAAGGCUGCUUCAGCCUUACUGCUAAGAUCCUUGAGGCAUUUUCUGGUGAUGACAGCCUCUUUGUUCAUAACUGCAGCCAGCUCAUCUCCCAGAGCGACCGAGUAGUUUCCAUGCCUCAGUACGAGUUCAGACAUAUCUGUGACACCAAGCUGGAGAGCAUCCAACGGCGUAUCAACAGCUAUAAGCAGUUUGCCCUGGAACUGAGAAACAAGGCGUGGCCCUCCUUCAGGCAGGCCAACACAGACCCUCACACACUAGGUUGCAUGGACUUUGUUCCUACCAACUGCCACGUCAACCUGAUGCAGGUCUCCUACCCCAAGAUCAUUACCUCUGCUGGCAGGACUUUCAGCAUCCGCUUUGGGCGCAAGAACUCCCUGUUUGGUCUGGAUCCUGACCAAGCACAACUAAACCCCAUGUCCCACACCCAGCAUUGUGUGACCAGCAUGGGAUCUCCUUCCUGGAAGUGUUCUGGCCUGGAGGGCGAAGAGCCAGAUGGCAGUGGGGAGGAGACCACGGAUGGAGGCGAGGGGUUGAUGGACGGUCGACGGAGUGGCCAUGGAGAAGGGGGUUUGAGCUUCCUGCUCAAACAGGAAGACACAGAGACCCAGGACUCUUACAUUCAGUUGUACAGCCGCCUGGAUGUCGCUGUUAGAGAGAUGAAGCAGUAUGUGGCUCAAAUUGACGUCCUGUUGUCGUCUAUAACGGAGCCCACGCAGCCACAGGGGGAGGGUGGGGAGCCUCCUGUCUAUGAGCCAAGUCAGCCACCCUCUCUGGCCCCAUGCGAGGAUGGCAGCGACCAGGACAAAGCGGAGCAAUGUGGCAUUAAAAAGGUUUGCUUCAAGGUGAACGACGAGGACCAGGAGGACUCAGGUCAUGACACCAUGAGCUACAGGGACUCCUACAGUGAAUGCAACAGCAACAGAGAUUCAGUCCUGUCCUACACCAGUGUGCGAAGUAACAGCUCUUACCUGGGGAGUGAUGAGAUGGGAUCAGGGGAUGAGUUGCCUUGUGACAUGAGGAUUUCUUCAGAUAAACAGGACAAGCUGCACGGCUGCCUUGAGCAUCUUUACAACCAGGUUGAAUCCAUCAACAAUCUACUCAAAGGACUUGUCAUGACCAAGGCUUGUGAGGAGACCAAGUACUUUAACUCUGGCCACAACCAACCAGAGUUUCGUCAAGCAGAAGACUGGACUACGAGUUGUCGUGAUAUGAUCAAGAAGAACAUCCAGGAGGACCCUUGGAACCUACCCAGCUCCAUCAAAACCCUGGUGGAUACCCUGCAGAGACGUGCGGAUGAUGGAAAGAACCAGCUUCUCCUGGCUCUGCUCAAGUGCACAGACACAUCUUUACAACUGCGGAGGGAUGUGAUCUUCUGCCAGGCGGCGACGGGCGCCCUGUGCACGCUGGCCGAACAGCUGCUGGCGGCGUUGCGAUCGCGAUUUAACAACGCUGGCGAGUACCAGGAGGAUGGCAAGGAGACCAGCCGCAAGUGGCUAGAGCAGAUAUCAGCCAUCGGUGUGCUGCUGCACUUCCAGUCCACGCUAGCACCACACCUGAAAGGAGAGCGGACCAUGCUGGAAGACACCAAGGCGGCCCUGUUGGACUUGGACAAAGUCACAGUGUUCUUCAAGCCACUGGAGGAUGAGUGUCUAGUCGCAAACACACCAGUGUGCUACCAGGUGGAGGGCAGUCGACAGGCCCUGAGGGUCACCCUGUACCUGGACAGCUGUCACUUCAGUGAGCUUCCCACCCGGCUGCAGAACGGAGGCAGCCUCAAGCUUCAGACUGUCCUCUUCACCAGAGCACUGGAGCGUCCAGAGGGAGCGUCCCAGCAGGAGUACAGCGCCACAGAAGAAUUCCAGCAGCGCAUCAACGCUGUCUCACUUGAGAAGGUCAAGGCCUACUACCGCAGACUCAGAGCUUUCUAUUUGGAGAAGUCCAAUCUUCCUACAGACUCAAACUCCACAGCUAUGAAGAUUGACCAGCUGCUGCGACCCCUCAACACAUUGGACGACCUUUGCCGACUAAUGCAGUCCUACGUCAACGUGCGCUCCAGCACCCAAUGCCACCCGUCAGGUGUCAGCGUGCUGUGUGUGUCCUCUGAGCUGUGCAACCGCCUGGGAGCUUGCCACAUCACCAUGUGUGACACAGGCAUGCAGAGAUCUACCUUAAGUGUGACACUGGAGCAGGCAAUGAUCCUAGCCAGGAACCACGGGCUCAUGCCGCGCUGCAUCAUGCAGACCAUGGACAUAAUGCGCAAACAAGGCGCAAGAGUGGAGCUGUCUGCUAAAAAUCGCAUGGUAAUGCACCAGAUGCCACCGUCAGCCCCAAGGCUCUUCAAGCUGUGUUUGCCACCCUCAGACGGAGAGCUUUAAGAAAGCCGUCCCUUCAGAGAACUCAUCAGAGAGAGGGUGAAUGUGGAAAAGGAAGAUGUGAUGAAAGAUGACAGUAACAACACCGCUUUCCUUCCGAGAGACACUGCAGGUGGAAGGAACCUUGUUCCCCUUCAAUGCCCCAGUGACACAGGGAUCAUUCCAGCAUGGAUACCACUCGAGUCUUCAGUGCACUGUACAGGCUAACUCCCCCAGCUCCACAACACUGUACAGACUGCUAUUGUCAGUUAUCUGGGAGAACCUGAAGCUCAAGACUGAUCAUGUAGUGUUAUUCUGGGAAGCCUCAAGGAUUAGUAUUACUGCUUGCGCUGUUUGUCCAUAUAGACACAUACAGACACAUACAGACAGCUGACAUUAACAACUCAAUAACCGAUGCAAAAUAUUCACAAGGUAAAUGAAAAGGACAUGCUUUUGUGAAGACAUCCACAAUGAUGAUGCUCAUAGCCGAGCUAUUAUUAUUAACUGGAUUAACCAAACUACCUGUAGCUGACUGUCAUCAUAAAUGCAGAUGUUAUCCAUUUUUGCCUUGGACUGCAACUCCGGAGAGCUGUCUCUUUCUCUGUUUGGCCUGGUGUCCCCCAGGGCUCAACGUUUGGACCCCAUGUGAAGUAGAAUACUUGAAUGCCCUUGUAUUCUUGUAUGAUAGCUGGCUGAGUAGAAGCAGAAAGUCAAAGAAUAGACAGAGGGAUGGAAGUAGGGAUGGGAGGGACAGAUGUAAAGAUUGAUGGUAGGGGGCUGCUUUUUCUUUAGCCCAUUGCAUGUGGUCACUGUGCAAUUACUGUAGGUUUAGUGUGAGUACUAUAUUACUGCACUAUAUGAAGGAUAGUUAUUUAUUGUAUCUGGAAGGAGUGUUUUUAUCCCUUACUCAUGAUAUUAUCAGGUAUUAAAGAAUCUAAAAUCAUUCCAGCCAACAUAUUGAACAGUAUUUAAAGGACCAAUGGCAUGCCAUUUUUUAAACGUAACUGCUUGUGUAUUUCAUUUUAUUUAUGUGUAUGAAAUUUGAUUACGUCAAGAAGUGUUACAUUAAUUUUCAGGGAACGCAACGGAGGGAGGUCGAGCAGAAGCUAGCUAAUCAGAAUCUGGGAAGGGGAAGCUAAAGCAUACAAUACACAGCUGUUUGUCAAUAAGCAGCCGAGUCAACAGGUUGAGAAUAUUAAAACAUUGUUAAAUAAUUAAUAUAUUAAUGAAUGAAAAAAGUGUACUAGUUGAAAGAUUUCCUUCUGUUAACUUGGACAUUAUGUUUAUUUUUAAAUUGGCUUUUAAGUUUCUCGGGACUGUCGUAGUUACUGUAGGUAUUAAAAUGAGCACAAUGAUUGGUCCAUUCAAGUUGCAGUGUUAGCAAACAAGUACUGUAAGGAGUUUUUAAUGGAUGAUGUAAACAAAGGGAUCAUUUCAGGACUGAAAAACAGUAACCUUAUAUUACUGAGCAUUUCAAUUGUUUUGUAAAUACAAACUGUAAUGAUAUCUGAGGAAAAAGAUAGCAGCAGCAGAGUAAUGUUAUAAAUUAAGUUGGAUUAUUUUUAUGGAGAUAAUAUAGUAUAUAAAAUUUAAAUCUUUUUUUUAUUUUUAUUCAUGACUGUGUUUGAAGAGAUGCUGUUUCUCUUUGCUGAGUGUAACCUCACUUACAACUUGUCUUUGACUGUUAAAAAGGCUUGACAUGUACAGUAUUUCAAGAAUCUGACAUUCUGCAUUCAUUAGGCUGAUCACUUAGUCCUUUUUUAUUUAUUUAAAAGCAGUCUGGACUCGAAUGAGCAUGUUGGAAUUGUCUCUACAAAUCUCUCCACACUAUCAUGGCCACUCAGUUGACAUACUGUAAGACUCAGUUAUUCUCAUUUCCCACAUCAGAUUAUAAUCAGAACUCUGAAUGCAGCAUUAGUUACCAUAACCUGGUUUUAAGUGUGUGUUACAAAUUUAAAUUAGCUAAUGACUGCAGCAUGUUGGUGUAGCUGGACAAACAAACAUGUCACUGAUUACACUUUUAUUUACAUUAUUCUAAUGUUUCAUUAUUGUAUAUACUUUAUUUGCAAAUUUAUGUUGCUUGAAAAUAACUGUACAAAGGAUUUCUGUUCAAUCUUUCUAAAAUGAUCAUUGUGAAUGCAAUCUUAACAAUCUAGUAAAUAAAAUGU